UGAGCUUCCGCCUCCUCGAAUUGGUCAAGCGACCCACCCCAGCAAGCAAUAGGAAUAGCCUGGUGUAAGUGACUCACGGCCUCCUAUAUCUUCCCUCAAAAUGCGCCUUUGCCUUCUUUCCAUUGCAUCUUUGAUAUUAUCUGUAUAUCAAUAAUAUUUACCUCAAUUACAAUGACUUCCCGUCAGAACAUCAGCUCUGGCUCUGCCUUUGAAGAGCUCAUCGGAUAUUCACGAGCUGUCGUGACUGGCGAUUGGGUUUUUGUCAGUGGCACGACUGGUUAUGAUUAUAAGACUGGAGUUAUUUCGUCAGAUGUUGCCGAGCAGGCCGACCAAACUAUGACCAACAUCGCCGCUGCUCUGAAAGAUGCCGGUGCUUCGGUCUCCGAGGUCGUUCGAGUUCACUAUAUCCUCCCUGACCGCGAUGACUUCCCAAAGACUUGGCCAGUGUUGAAGAAGUGGUUUGGCGAUGUUCGUCCUGCUGCAACCAUGAUCCAGUCCUCAUUGAUGAAGGAGGAGAUGAAGAUUGAGAUUGAAGUUACUGCGAGAAUUGGCUGUGGGGAUAAGAAGGAAUAGAUGUUCUGCUCCGGCACUACAGGAUUCCUCCGUGGUCAAGAACAAAGAGUCAGGUCAUGUUUCAUAUAGGCAACCAUAAAUUUUGUAUAUCCAACCUAGUCUAAUGAAACAAUGGAGCAAUCAAGCU